AUGAAAAAGAUUGGAAACGACUUUUUAAACUUUGUAAAAACUAAGUUCUCGUCUAAAAAAAAUAGCUCUGAGCGUGAAUUAAAAUCGACCCGACAACAAAUGAAAUUGUUUAUGAUUCCAGCACCAUCUUUCAAAUAUCCCGAAAAUCAAUUUUUCGAUAGCCAUUUAUCGCAUCAAUCAACCAACAAUCACACAAAAGAAGACUUUGAAAAUUUCAAGGAAAAAAGCCCGAUCUUUAUUUUACAAAAAACAAAAAGCAAUCAAUUUAAUUCACUCUUCUUUGAAAAUUAUAUCCCGACAUACGAUGACAAAGAAUUUAUCAACUCUUCUAAGACGAAUUUCCACGAUUCCGUCGAAUCUUAUCUUCAUUACUUAGAUUCAAUUGAUCAUGCAGAAGCAUUCAAAAGAAUAAGACAUAGAAAUUUUAAUCGGUAUUUUGAAAAGUUGCUUGAGCCUAAUAAUUACUUUGAUGGGUAUUUUAAUGAUUAUGAAAGCGAAGAAGGAAUAUUCCCAUUUGAAAUGUAG